AUGUCAGACUUUGAGUUCUUCAAAUAUGACCCGUCCCUAGCAGCCAACGCCGUCUUCGUCGCCUUGUUCGGCAUCACCGCCGUCGGCCACACGUUUCUGCUCGUUAGGAACAGGACGUGGUACUUUAUCCCGUUUGUGUUGGGAUGUCUUUUCGAAGCGAUAGGAUAUAUCGGCCGUAUCAUCGCCGCUGGCCAGACGCCCAACUGGACCUUGGCGCCGUACCUCGUCCAGAGUCUGCUAAUCCUCUUGGGACCUGCCCUCUACGCCGCGUCGAUCUACAUGAUUCUCGGACGGCUCAUUCGCAUGCUGGAGGCGGAGGCGUACUCGGUCAUCAGGGUGAACUGGUUAACCAAGCUUUUCGUCUUGGGUGACGUCUUGUCGUUCCUGGCGCAGGGUGCUGGCGGCGGCAUCCUCGCCAAAGCUUCCUCCGCCAAAGACCAAGACCUCGGCAACAACGUCGUCCUGGGCGGGCUGGGCAUCCAAGUCUUCUUCUUCGGGCUCUUCAUCAUCACCACCAUUCUCUUCCACGUGCGCAUCGCCGCCAACCCCACGCCCAAAUCCCACUCCGUCACCGUCCCCUGGCGCCAGUUCCUCUGGGCCCUGUACGUGACCAGCUCGCUCAUCUUGAUCCGCUCGCUGUUCCGCAUGGUCGAGUACGCCUUGGGCUGGGAUUCCGUGUUGAUGAGGCGUGAGGUGUACCUGCUGGUGCUGGACGGCAUGCUCAUGGUCAUUGUUAGUACUGCGUUUUUGUGGUAUCAUCCCAGCAGAAUUCUGGUUGGGUAUAAGCAGGUGGGGAUGAGGUCCGUGGAUCUAGAGGGAACGACGGUCGAAGGAGAGUACACCAUGACAUCGUAUGGCGGCGGGCAGCAAAGUCCGAGUCCGAGUCCGAUUCCUAGCGCCAACCUGAAGGCGCAUGACUCUCGCCAGUCGUCGUCAGGGGGGAGGAAUAGUUUGAUGUUGGGCCAGGGUAAGCACCACCGCCAGACGCCGUCGGAUGACGUGAGCUCAUACACCCCGUUGCGCAGAUGA